UUAUAAAUAGAUUGACUCGGUAAUGUUGUUAUUGAAAUCUUGUAUAAUAUAAUUUUAUAUAGGUCACUCUAUUUUCGGAAAACAUAUUAAUAAUACCCGGUGUUAUGAGUCAAGAGGAGGCAUGGCGGAUUGUUUAUUAAAGAUAGAGACGCCAUUGUGUGAUGCAUGCGUAAGAGACAAAUGCACAGAGUGUGCUGAAUUUUGGUGUCGAGAAUGCGCAGAAAACUUGUGCACACCAUGUGUAGUUGUCCAUCAAAAAUUGAAAAUAACAUCUGAACAUUAUGUGCUGCCUCUUUAUAUCAAAAACAUCGUCAGCUCACAAAUUCUAAAUAUUCCAGUUACUUGCAAAAAGCAUUCAAAUCAGUCUCUAUUGUUUUAUUGUCCUGGACAUAAAUCUGUUCUCUGCAAUCUAUGCAAACAGGAACACCACGAGAGAUGUAGGGAGUUAGAGGAAAUAACAGAUAAAACAGAUAGUGACAAUUUUAUUGGACAUUUCAAGAGCAAAGCAGAACAAGUCAUGGAAAGUCUUUAUAAACGUAUUGAUGAGAGCACUGAAAACAAAAACCUAAUACAAGCUGAACAUAAUAGCAUACAUGAUGAGAUAAGACAUUUCUGUCAAGAAAUUAAAAUCAAGAUUGAUGAAUUACAGAUUGGGCUAGUAGAGGAUUUAUCAGAUCAUCAUUCAAAAAGAAUUCAAACAGUAGACGAUAAUAUUGAAACACUUCUGAAGAUACAAUCAAGUGUGAAAUCCAUAGAACACGAUAUUAAAAAUGUCAGAGAUCAUUUAACAAAGAAACAACAUUUUGUAAUUCUAGUCGCAUUGGAACAUGAAUUGCAAAAAAAGACGAAUGCCCUUUCUUGUCUGCCUUCCGACCAGGACAGAAUUCAGCUUCGUUUCCAAAAGUCAAACGUACUUAAUUUGAUUACACACCUUGGUACCAUAUUGUCAACGGUUGUAUCUCCAUCUUCUUCCUCAAACCAAGUUCGUAGUGUUGGGUUUGUCGCACAUACAGAUCGUAGGCUGCAAAGUGAAGACAAUUUGGCAACAAAUAUAAUACCAGUGGACUCUAGGAUCACACUUACGACAGAUACUGCAUAUAGUCAAACUACAGUUGAAACAGGUAUGUGCGAUUUUAAUGAUAGCUUAGAUACUGAUUGCAUGUCAGAUGGUAACGAAACUGUUCUAUACUUAGAGGAAUCAAUAGACUCCGUUCUAGAUACAGACAAUAUACCCGGACCAAGUAAUCGUUUUGUCGCUAAAAGGAUACAAAAUGGGCAAACAUUAGAAAAUAUUGCACAUUUAGAUCAAAACGAAAUGGUAGACAAUCCUAACGCUAAAAGAAAGAAGUUUUUUCAUUUAAAACAAAGUUUACAAAUCAAGCUAAUGUUUAAGGAAGAUUUUAUUUUUCCCGAUCUAUGUUGUUUUUUCGGAAAGGACAAACUUGUGCUUGGAGAUUCAAGAAGUCAAAGAAUCAUCAUAUCUGAUCGGUCAGGCAAACUUUUAAAAUCUUUCGAAUCAAUAAAAGUACAGGACAUGGCUAAUUCGUCAAUAUCGGAUUCUUUUAUAUUUGUUUCUAUUAAAGACAAAGGCAUUUUACAAUUGGAUUGUGGAACGGAUGGAUAUCAUUUCAGUAAAUAUUUUGAACACAACAAGGUAUCAGAUAUAGCUUCUUAUGGCGAUAAAUUAGCAGUUCGGAUCGGUAAAAAGGCAAUACACAUUUUAGAUUGUAGAGAAACUUGUGGUAUAUUGCAGUGCAAGAAAGUAACAGUGUCCGAUCCACCCGAACAUUUCGACUGUGAUGCACGAGGCAACAUAUUUCAAACUAGUAAAACAAGCGACAAUGUGUUGGCAUACGACCUAGAUGGAACUACUAUUUACAGAUUCCAACAUUCUGACUUAAGAAAUGCACAAGGUUUAACAGUAGACAGCAUCGGUAAUGCUUAUGUAUGUGGAUACGAAUCGAACACUGUUGUCAAAAUUAGCCCAGACGGCAAAAGCCAUCAUGUUGUACUCCGUGAAGAUGAUGGAAUUAUACAACCGUAUGAUUUAGAUUACAACAAAUCAACGCAAGAACUUAUGAUCAUAAAUGACGAUCACAAAUUCAUUAACAUAUACAAAUUAUGAAAUUAUUUCUCAUGCAAAUAUACCAAUCGGCAUCCCUGGAUGACUCUGGUACUCUCCUUGAGGUACGGAAUCGGUCGAGUUGUUACGAAUGGCAAAUGUACAUCACAAACUUAACGUUAUUACGUGACUAGUUUUUGUAAAAUGAAUCAGAGCUACAUUUGAUUCAGAUACUUUAUGAUAACUCAAUGUGAAGAAAAGACGACCAUAAACAAUUUAUAAAGGUACAUGUGCUGGUAUGUUUGAUUGAACUGAUUCCUGGAUUAAAUUUUAAGUACAAUGUUACACAUUAAUUUUGUUUAUGUUCUUUUUAAACGUUUUGUUUGUGUGUGUGUGUGUGUGUGUGUGUGUGUGUGUAUAAUGUUCUCAUAAUUAUUUUUUUUGGUAUAUUUUAAGAAAAUCAUUUAUCUCUUUUGUCACGUGUGCAAUAUUUCAAAUACUUUUAUAUGACAUUUUACACAGUAAUGUUCAGGUUCAAUAAUAUACACCUAUUGACUGGGUGUGAGGGUAAUAGCAAGUUUGUUGUCCCUGAGGUACCAACUAUUGCUCGAGGCAAAGCCGAGAGCAAUAGUUGGUAUGCGAAGGGACAACACACUUGCUAUUACUCGCACACCCAGUCAUUAUGUGUUUUAUUAUACUGAACAACACAGCCAUGAAGUAUUUUAUAUAUAUAUCAAAUAACUAAUUUUCUAAAAGUGCAUAUUUAUCAUCUGCAAGAAAACAAAAAUUUCACAUAACUUUAUAUGCACAUGAUGAACUAUACUUUUUUUAUAAUUCGUUAUGUAUUAAUAAAUAUUUCAUUAAAUUCAAUCAAGACUAGAAGUACUUGUGUUAAACUUUCUGUGCUUAUAACAAAUUCUAGCUAAAAUACAUCAAACGCAAAUUCACUUUUAGUAUACGGAGAGCGAGCCUAUAUUAAGAAUAAGGUUCUAUAUUUUAGAUCUUUAAAAAAUUCCCCGUGAAGAUUUUUCUUUUCUUUUUUAUAAUUGCUUCUUAUGAGUGAAAUUACAAUCAACACAAACAGAUCCCACCGUUUACAAUAUUAGCGGGAGUUUGACGUUGCAAAGCAUACUUAACCAAGCAGAGUAGUCAAUGACAUUAUUAUCGUCCAAUGAAAAAUAAGCAUGAAAAAGUACGGGAAAGAUGAUUAUGAAACUAUUCACCGGGGUAAUAGUCUUUGAAACUAUUAACUGGCAAAUAGUCUGUGGAAUGAAAUAGCACAACUAUUUCAUUAUUUUUUAUAUAGAAAAAACAUACUGAGGUAUAAUAAUACAAUAAUAUUAAUUCAAUAAUUAACUAGUUACAUUAUUUUGCAUUCAGCGAUAAUCCAGAAAAAAGAAAUUUGAAAGUUAUAAGCAUAUUCACCUGAAUAAUUUCCUGAAUCCGCUUUUACAGACUCACAGAUAUGUUACAAGUAACAAGAAUCCACAAAAAAAUAUAGCGGGCAAAUGAAAAAUUGAAAGUUAUUAUAUAUUACCAUGAUCACAGUAUAUUCAUUUAUAUAUAAUAUAUAUAUAGCAAGUUUAGACAUUUCGUAUGUGUACGAACUGCACUGUAUAUAUUGACUAUGUGUCAAACCCUAUCACACAUAUACUAUAUAACCUGAUGGAAAAUAAACAAAAUUUAGUUUUAUAAUCAGUUGUAAGUUUUUGCUAGUCAAUGUUUCCCGGGAGAGGCUUCGUUUUAAGAGGAAUUAUGUUGAUAGGCAGGUUGUUUUCUCUUUGACACAU